AUUCUUUCUUCUUGGUAAAUAACAACACUGGUUUUCUUUCGAGGAUAUUUCCUGAACCUCAAUCCCUUUCAACUCGUUCCUAAAGGUUGUGCCGUCAACAAGUCUAGCUUCGGGACUCUUUAGUGGGACCUGCUUCUUCUUAGCCCCUGCACCCUACCUUACCAUACCAUUUGUCUUUUUCUUCGCCCACGUGAGCGUCGAGACCAUCGGUAAAACAAAAGACCCGAACGGAAGAAACAAGCAGCAGCAGCAGCAGCACACAAAGGCGCGAUAUCGAAUAUCGAUAACGAGCAAACAAGCGAGCAGGACUCGGGCCCGAUUGGUACCCCGAUCCCCCACCAUCUAAACUGACUGCUGCCCUGCCUUGACUGGGUGGCUCGCUCACUGAGAGCAAAGUUUCCAAAAUCAGCCUAAGCAAUGUCAGCACAACAACCAUCGGCUCAGCCAGCCCAACAGGCGCCGGCGACAACCCAAGCACCCACAACCGAGUCUUCAAGCUCAAACUCCAAUGGCAACACGCCCGCACCCUCCACGUCGACGACAGCGACAUCGCAGUCCAGCGAUGACUCGUUGAUUUGCCGAUGGAACCAGUGCAGCGAGCGUUUCCCUUCGGCCGAGGCCCUCUAUGAUCACAUCUGCGAGCGUCACGUGGGUCGCAAGAGCACCAACAACCUCAACCUCACGUGCCACUGGAACUCGUGCAGAACCACCACUGUCAAGAGGGACCACAUCACCUCUCACAUCAGAGUCCAUGUGCCAUUGAAGCCGCACAAGUGUGACUUCUGCGGCAAGUCGUUCAAGAGGCCUCAGGAUCUCAAGAAGCACGUCAAGACUCACGCCGACGACUCGGUUCUUGCUCGAUCACCCCAGGAUCCCAACGCAAACUUGGGUCCCGGUGCUUAUCGCGGCCACGCCAGCAAAGCUCCUUCUAGCUACUAUGAUCACAAUGGCCAUGUGCGUACUAACUCGUCGGCAUUUGGUCAGCCGCACCACCACCAGAAUGGACACGCUAGCUAUUACUCUCACCCUCCUGCUCCCUAUGGCGGUGGUAUGUACUACCAGCCGCCUCAUAUGGGACCUCGUGGUGAUAUCUUUGGGCAUCCCGGUGCAGGGGCUUAUGAUUCGCGCAAGCGUGGUUACGAUGACUUGAAUGAUUUCUUCGGAAAUCUGAAGCGUCGCCAGUUUGACGCCUCGUCGUACGCCCACGUUGGCCGUUCCCUGGUUCCUCUGCACGGCGCCCUGUCUGUCCAUACCGGUGGUGUUGGUGGCAUGGCCGCCGAGUACAUGGCCGCCCCGCCACCGUCCAGCUCUGUCUCCAUGGGAAGCGCCGGACCGCUGGCCCAGCACUACUACCUUCCCCCAAUGCCCAGCCUGAGGACCAAGAACGACUUGGAGCAGAUCGACCAGAUCCUGGAGCACAUGCAGUCUACCGUUUACGAGAACUCAGGAUCGUCUCCCGGUGCUCACUACGGUUCGGGUUCGGGCUACGACAUGCGUCACCAGUCCCCUGUCGGCAUCAGGCCACCAAUGAGCGACCACUACGGCCAACAGCAACACUCGCCCAUGACCGCAGUUUCCUCGUCGCACGGCGGUUCUCCAGCUGUCACUCCUCCCUCCAGCAACCUUUCAUACACCUCGGGCCAUUCUCCCGGUGCUUCUUCGGCUGCCCUGUCCCCAAGCUCCCGUCAGGGAUCCUCCAUCAGUUACCCUACACUCCCCGCUGCCGCGGGCUCCUCAGCCACCGCCCAACUCGGCUCAAACUUCAGCUCCGUCGAGAGGCGUCUGUCCGGAGGCAUUCUGCAGAGCGCCAGUCGGGAUCGGGAACGCGAAUCAAGCUACGAUGGUGCCUCCACGCCCCGUGGUCCAGAAUCAGUCGGAUCGCCCUCGGCAUGCUCAGAUGCUUCGGGCUCUGAGCCAGAGUCGUAUGACUCUUGGGUUCAGAACAUGCGUACCAUCGAGGCCCUCCGGGAUCUCGUACGAGAGCGCCUCAGACGCGGACAGUACGAUGACGUCGAAGAGUCGGUUAACCUGCCGCCGAUCAAGACAGAGAGGCCUGACGAGGAAAAGCCACUUUACCCUUCUCUCCGCAUGUCAUAGCAUACAUAUGCUGAAUUGCUUUCUUCCCCCACUCACUUCAACUUGUUCAUAUUGGAAUUUCUUUGCAUGCGUUUUUUUUUUUUUUUUUUUUUUUUUUU